AAAGGUUUAUUCAUAAAAGGAAAAAGAUAUAGAUGAGAGCUAGAAUUGGUUACAUGGAAUCAACUACAUAUAGUAAUGGCAAAGUUCUUGGUUCAGGCUUGCAGCAGUGAUAGAAUAAACUGCAGGUUCAAAUCAAGUCUCUGGAGUACAUCCACAGCUGGGAUGGGUCAUUAUUCCUUUGUUUAGAGCUUCCAUUUGUAGCAAAGUCCCUCCAGAGGUAUGAAGCAGGACUGAAGACAAGAUGGAGGAGCUGCAGCAGCUUUUUAUAUUCUCUUGCCAUCCGGUCUGUCUUUCUUUGUUCCAAAGACAAGCUGUCCAUCACAUGACAUGGAAAAACCUCAGUUCUGUCCAUAGGCAUGUCCCUGCAUACCUUGUUGAGUCUUAAGGCGAGUCUGCCUUCUCUCAGUGGGUCAAUUGUAUAGCUGAUGGUCCUUAAUGGGCCAUCAAGCAGGCUAAGCAGAGCUGACAUCAACUUGUCUGGAGUGUUCCCCAGAAGCAUAGCACAAGUUUGAAAUAUAGACAGUAUAGAGCCAAUAUUCAUAACUUUAACUAUAAAAAUGAUACACAUAUAUAGACAGCAUAAUCAUAACCAGCAAACCAUAACCUUGUCUUAGACACCUCAUUUGACCCCCUUUGUACAAGAUUUGGUGCCACUACAGGACUUUGGUUGCAACAAUGAUCUAUACGGUCCCAGCUUAUAUCAAUAACAUCACAGUAGGCACUUGCCCAGCAUGUGGGAGGCCCAGGUUCAAUUCCUUCCUCUGCCUAACGUGGAUGCCCCAGGGACUUGAAUUUCGCUCUCCCCUCUGCCAGGUGACUGUCCCAACCACCAGUCUAUGGAGUUAUUCUCAUUCUCUCUGGCCCACAGACUACUCCAUUAUUUUAUACAAAGUGGAAUAGCUUGCCCCCCUCAGACAGAUCUGCUGGAACAAUUUUCACACAUUUCCUGUAGUGCAGGGGAGGUGCAGCAUUCCAAGGGAACAUGUGUGUUCAUGUAUCCUCUUUUAGACAAACAAAGUCUUUGAAUUAGACAGAGGAGUUGGGUUUUUCUACCAGGUGUUUCCUCUUCCUUCAUGAUUUGAGACAAGAGCAUGACAUUAAAACUUUCACAACCCUUUAAUUAACUUUUGGAGCAUUGGCUGGCUUCCCCUAGUGACCCUGGAUGAGUGCAUGGGUGUGGGCAUGCACUUUAAGAGCAAGUCUUUUCCUUUUAGGCUGAUUUCCGUGACCAAUCUUAUAAACCUCGUACAUUGUGUAUGUGGCACAGCUGGAAUAAGUCCCUAAUUAAACUUACGUGAUAAGAAAACCACAGUAUCUCAGUCUCCUUCUCUUCUGGAAUUAGGUUACCAGAACUAGAGUGGACAUACUUUCUAUGGGCUAGAUCCAGCAACUUUAUUGGGAGGCAUUCCAUUGACUUCAACAGUAAUUGGAACAGCACAGAUUUAACCAAGCUCCAGUACUGCAAAGUUUCUUUUUGAGGCCUUCAGAGGAAAGCCCACCAUCCUACUAUAGAAGCUGAAUGUAGAUUUGUGCUAGAACUGGUCUGCCCAAUUCAGAUAGGGCAGUGAAAACUAGUGAGCUGACCUAUGGAAAUGGACAGCUAAAAGUACCCCAAGGCCUCCAAUUUCAUUUCAAGUAGGGAGUCAAGAUCAUAUUAUAUCUGACUUGAAAACAGAGAAGGUAACUCUGUCCCUUAGGAGCCUCCACUGGGGAAAGAGAAGCUGCUGAAUUUGUCAAAGAUUCUGAAUUCCAAAUCUGGAGAAAAAGAAAUCAGAGGUUCCCACACUGGGAAAAAAAUAUUGCAAGUGUGAUGCAACUUGGAAGUUGCUCAAAGAAACACAACACUCAUUCCUCUGAACCCACAACCCCUUUUGAGAAGUAGCCCGGCCUCUGAACUCAAUGCAGUGCCCCUUUCUGGGAUGAAAAGGAAGUGCUGAAUCCAGCUGAGCUGCUGGAACAUAGGAGGCAGACCUAGCAGACAGACUAGAUGUUCUGGAGCUAUGGAUCCAAUAAUGGAUGUUUUAACCAGUAUGCUGGGCUCCAGUUAUGCACAGUCACAGCUUGACCUGGGCAUAAUCCACCCCACACCUCAAUGAGAUAUAAACAAAUUUUGGAAUACACAAUCUGCCAGUACACACAUUAAUAGUUGAAAGAAUCACUAGCACUUUCACCCCUUGAUCCUGAUUUAGCACCUUGCCUCUUACAGGUACUUAGCCACAAUAUAAUAUUUACAUGCCACUUCUCCACAGACCUUCUUGGUUAACUACAUACAAACAGACUUUCAAAUACCACCAGCCCUGAACACCCUGGGUUUCUUCAUCCACAGAUUAGGUACAGUGCAGGUCACACCAGAGAUUGCAUAUGUUUCCUCUGUGCUGCCACACUAAAAUGCCUCAAAUCCACCAUGGCUGGGCCACUUCUAGAGGUGAACAGUAGUUCAGUCCUCAUAUGCAGUCAACUCUUGGCCUCUGAGACUGCUAAUCAGAGCUGUUAUAACAGUGUUUUUUGUAGAGGGAACUCCUGUCCAGUAGGCCCUGAAUCGAGACAGACAGACAGACACACACACACUCCCCCCGCCAAAAAUUAGUUCACCAAACAGUCAUCAGAUAACAAUAAGCACUCACCUACUCCUCUAAAUCCUUCCAUAGCAGGAUCACCUUGCUUCCAUCCCAGAUGGGAACAGCUAUCUCCAGCAAAACCAUCCUCCCUUCUCCUUCGCAUUAGUGACUGACAGAUUGUAAGAUCUUCAGGACAGGGAGCACAUUCUAUAAAGUGUCACAUCAAUAGACAGCAACAUAGAAGUGUUGCAGAUACUUCAUAAUACUAAUACCCUUAAGCUACUUGCGGAGAGGGACAGAUUUGGAUAAGCAGUUCCAAAGUGAAAGGGUUUAUAUCCUAAUCCCUUGAGCUAGCCAAUCCUCUACAUAGAGCCUGCAAAGACCUUUAAAACAUUUUGGCAGCUGCCUAGAUAAAAAGGCAAUACUUGAAUAGAUCACCAUCAUUCUCACCAAACUGCUUACAGAGUUACCGCUACCCAGUAACCACCCUUCCCCUGCCUCAGGGAAGUCUUACAGGUAAUGUUCAUUAGCACUGCCUCCAGCCACACCUGUGCUGCUCUAUCUCUUCAAAAGGCCUACCCCCUGCAUAGGCCUGGCCCUUAAAAAGCAACGUUUGAAAGGGGGCUGUUGUACUAACUGCUGAUCAGAGCUGUGUGUUAGAUGGCAGAUGAAUGCUUUGUAGGCCUUUCUCAAUAUAGGAUAUCCCCACACAGAGCCCAGAACUGAGGCAAGACAUUGUACUUCCCAGUUGUUACAGGAAACACAUGUCAUUUUGAGGGUAAUCUGUUUUAAGACCAUACUUCUCUCUUUAAGAGACCCAGGGAGUGAGAGAAGCAAAGUGCAGAGGGAUGGAAACUAGAGAACCAGGAAAAAUAAGAGAGUUCAACUGACAAACGGAAGAAGGAUCAAAAAACCUGAAAAUGGAAACGGUUGUUCGCCGCUGCCCCUUCCUGUCACGGGUAUCCCAGGCUUUUCUGCAGAAGGCGGGCAAGUCCCUACUCUUUUAUGCUCAGAGCUGCCCUAAAAUGAUGGAAGUGGGGACCAAGCCUGCUUCCCGUGCCCUGGGUACUUCAGUUGCUCACUGCCAACAAGCUGAAGAAACAACCCCACCCAAUGACAAGGCCAAAAAUUCCAAAGAUGUGUCCCAGGAGAAUCCCAGUGGAUCCCAGCUGCCUAUUAGCCAUCCACCUGCUGUUACUAGCCAGAGCACUAGUCAGAGCUCUGCCACUAAAUGUCCUUUCCUGGCAGCUCAGAUGAACCCUACGAACAGUAAUGUUUUCUGCAAAGCCAGCCUAGAACUCCAAGAGGAUGUGCAGGAAAUGCAGGCUGUAAGGAAGGAGUUUACUAAAACACCAGUGAAUCCCACUGUGAUGAAUAGCAAGACUUCGGGAGAAGAGCAGAAUAGCUUGCUGAAGAAGUUCCAGGAUAUUAUGUUAAAGCAAAAACCAGAAAGAGUAUCUCAUCUGCUUCAGGAUAACUUGCCAAAAUCUGUUUCUACUUUCCAGUAUGACCAGUUCUUUGAGAAAAAAAUUGAUGAGAAAAAAAAGGAUCACACGUACCGUGUAUUCAAAACUGUGAACCGAAGAGCACAGGUCUUUCCCAUGGCAGAUGACUACUCUGAUUCCCUCAUCAGCAAAAAAGAGGUGUCUGUAUGGUGUAGCAAUGAUUACCUAGGGAUGAGUCGCCACCCUCGAGUGAGUGGAGCUGUUAUGGAUACGUUGAAACAACAUGGUGCUGGAGCAGGAGGCACCAGAAAUAUUUCUGGAACCAGUAAAUUUCAUGUUGAUUUGGAGCAAGAGUUGGCUGAUCUCCAUGGAAAAGAUGCAGCAUUGCUGUUCUCGUCAUGCUUUGUAGCUAAUGAUUCCACUCUCUUCACAUUAGCUAAAAUGUUACCAGGCUGUGAGAUUUACUCAGAUGCAGGAAACCAUGCCUCCAUGAUUCAAGGAAUUCGGAACAGCAGAGUGCCUAAGCACAUAUUUCGCCAUAAUGAUGUCAAUCAUCUCCGAGAACUACUGAAAAAAUCAGAUCCAUCGACUCCCAGAAUUGUUGCAUUUGAAACUGUUCACUCAAUGGAUGGUGCAGUGUGUCCUUUGGAAGAAUUGUGUGAUGUAGCUCAUGAGCAUGGGGCAAUCACUUUUGUAGAUGAAGUACAUGCUGUUGGGCUAUAUGGAGCUCGGGGCGGUGGCAUAGGAGAUCGGGAUGGAGUCAUGCAUAAAAUGGACAUAAUCUCUGGAACACUUGGCAAAGCAUUUGGUUGUGUAGGCGGGUACGUUUCCAGUACAAGUUCUCUGAUAGACACCGUACGUUCCUAUGCUGCUGGCUUCAUUUUCACAACAUCUCUGCCACCCAUGCUGUUAGCUGGUGCGCUUGAAUCGGUCAGAACUUUAAAGAGUGCGGAAGGGCAAGUUCUUCGACGCCAGCACCAACGCAAUGUUAAACUCAUGAGACAAAUGCUGAUGGAUGCUGGACUCCCUGUAGUACACUGUCCCAGUCACAUCAUUCCAAUCCGGGUUGCAGAUGCUGCUAAAAAUACUGAGAUCUGUGACAGACUGAUGAGUCAGCACAGCAUCUAUGUCCAGGCAAUAAACUACCCCACAGUUCCCCGUGGAGAAGAGCUGCUGCGUAUUGCCCCUACUCCUCAUCACACACCUCAGAUGAUGAAUUAUUUCCUUGAGAAACUGAUGGCUACAUGGAAGAAUGUUGGGCUGGAGUUGAAACCACACUCUUCAGCGGAAUGCAAUUUCUGUAGAAGGCCUCUGCAUUUUGAGGUGAUGAGUGAAAGGGAAAGAUCCUACUUCAGUGGCAUGAGCAAACUAGUAUCUGCUAGUGCUUGAGAGUAACCUGUUAACCCUGUUGAUGUCUAGUCCUCUUGAAUAUCCAAAUAGCCUUGGUAGCCUUUUUAAAUUGCAUAUUAAAUUAUAACAUUUUAAUCAAUAGUCUAAACACAGCUCUGAAAAUAAAGUUCAAAACAGUA